GGACUUGGAUAUACAAACCGGUUUAUUGUAACUCAGGCGAUCGGACUCGGUUACAACGACUCUGAGCUGCAACGUUUGGAUUACUCAGCCAGCGAGUACCUUGUUACACGGGAUUUUAACUUUGGAGUUUAUCCGGACAUUGUGGAUUACAACAAUUUGUAUUUCAACAUGACUCUGGAAGAAGUCGUUGGAUGCAGUAUCGCUGACCAAAAGAUGGAAACCGUGGCGCAAGCUUUGGAAGAGCUGCUGGUGACGGCUCAGAGACAGGACAGCCUCACGGUGGGGGUCUACGAGUCUGCAAAGCUAAUGAACAUCGACCCCGACAGCGUCGUGCUCUGCAUCCUGGCCACGGACGAAGAGGACGAGGACGACAUCGCCCUGCAGAUCCACUUCACGCUGAUCCAAGCCUUCUGCUGCGACAACGACAUCAACAUCCUGCGGGUGUCGGGCGUGCAGAGGCUGGCGCAGGUGCUGGGCGAGGCGGGCGCGGACUGCAACGCCAACGAGCCGCGGGACCUGCACUGCCUCCUGGUCACUAAUCCGCACACCGACUCCGGGAAGAGCCAGGCGCUCAAGGCCGUCGGCAGCUACUGCGAGGAGAGCCGCUGCCAGAACCAGUGGGUCCCCUUCCUGGCGCUGCAGGAGCGCUGAGGGGCGCCGGCGCCCCAGCCGAAGCGGAGGACAACAGCGACAUUCUCGGGGGAAGGAAGGAAAUAAAUAACUAAAAAAUGUUAGGGUGUAUUCAACAACACACACACAACCGCACGGCCCUCGGCUUGCAACGAGCAGUUGGAAAGGAGCUGGGAAAGAGUGGACGGGACAGGGCCGGGCCCGGAGGCCGCGGUCUCGCCGCAGAGCGGAACACCCCUGGCGGGGGACGCCGAGGGGGAACCCGGCGGGCCGGCGGGCAGGGCGGCGGAGCAGCGCCGUGGUGCGACGGGCAACCCUGCCAGUUUCACAGCGCCGAGGGGGUGGCGGCGGCGGCGGGAGGGGAGGGGGGUUAGACUGUCGUGACGAUUGCCUUGCCUGUUGCAGUAGGGGAGACGUGACACAAACCCAAAAAAUCCCCCGGACACACACGGUGGAGAGGAACGGCGCUCUGACUAACAUGCAAACCGGCAGGAGACGGCAAACAAGAAACCUGUGGGAGUGUGCGAGCAGAGCGGGUUCAGCCGCUUCCCAGUACACGGACUGCAAGUGACUUUCAAAGCUCAUGUCAGAACCCACACCAGCACUCCCGCUGGUUUCGCAGCGAUGUGGGUGUUGAGGGACAUUCACAUGGGCAGUGCAAGCUGGGUCUGGAAUGUAUUGAAGUGUCGAGAUGAAAUAAUAUAUUCAUUUUUCUAUUUAUGAACGUGUUUUCGAAUGCCAGUUUUCACUUGUUUUGUUUUUAAAUAAAUUAUUUGGAUUGGAAAUUGAA